AAAAAAGGAAGGGAACAGAGAGAAAGGGAAUGGAAUCCCAACACGCAGCGCUCACUCACUUGAGUGGGAGAUAAAGACAAUAACCCACAGAUUCAUAUUCUGUGGAGAGUAUCCUCCAUAGCCAAAUCAUCAUCGUCUCUUUAAAUAACCCCCAUUUUCUACCUUCUUCUCUCACCUCCCCACUUCUCCACCUCCCACAUUAUUCCAAUUCACUUUCCUGUUACAAUGCCAUUCUCCCCUUGAUUUUUCUUUCCAUUUUCUUCGAGGGUUGUGAAGCAUUGCUUCUCCAGUACUUCUCUGUCGUUAUUUGGGCCUGGAAUUAUCUCAUCAUUAUCCCUUGAAGGCUACCAAGUCAGGAGCAGGCUUAGGGAGCCCCAUUGGGCCUAGUGCACCUUCGUGAUUUUUGUGAUGGGGAAGAUAGUCAAAAGCUUCUGCUUUCUUGUUUUCUUCGGAGUCCUUGUGGAGGGCUUGAAUAUAUGGCCAAUGCCAAAUUCAGUAAACCAUGGACAUCAAAUUAUGUAUCUUAGCAAUGAUUUUGCGCUGAAGAGUGAUGGAAGCAAAUAUAAUGAUGCUUCUGGAAUAUUAAAGGAUGCAUUCUCAAGGUUACUUGAUGUUAUUGAAGUGGAUCAUGUCAUUGAUAGUAAUUUUUCUCACUUUGAUCCUAUGGCCAUACUCCAUGGAAUUCAUGUGAUUGUUUGGUCACAAAACGAUGAGUUACAAUAUGGUGUUGAUGAGUCAUAUAAGCUAUCUAUUCCUUCACAUGGGACGCAGGUUUAUGCUCAUAUUGAGGCACAGACAGUUUAUGGGGUUCUACAUGGGCUGCAGACUUUUAGUCAAUUGUGCCGUUUUAACUUGACAAAUAGAGCGAUUGAAGUUCAUCAAGUACCAUGGUAUAUUAUUGAUCAGCCAAGAUUCUUUUACCGAGGGCUCUUAAUUGAUACAUCUCGACACUAUCUGCCGUUGCCAAUCAUAAAGAACGUCAUCGAUUCUAUGACCUAUGCAAAGUUGAAUGUGUUGCACUGGCACAUUGUAGAUACACAAUCUUUUCCUUUGGAGAUACCUUCAUUUCCGAAACUAUGGAAUGGUGCUUAUUCCAUCUCAGAACGAUAUACAAUGGCUGAUGCUGCUGAAAUUGUGAGUUAUGCUCAAAGACGAGGAAUUAGUGUAUUGGCUGAAAUUGAUGUUCCAGGGCAUGCUCUUUCAUGGGGGACUGGCUACCCUUCUCUAUGGCCAUCUAAGGAUUGUCAGCAGCCACUUGAUGUCAGCAAAGAAUUCACCUUUAAAGUAAUAGAUGGGAUUCUUUCAGAUUUCAGUAAGACCUUCAAAUAUAGAUUUGUUCAUUUGGGAGGUGAUGAAGUUAAUACAAGUUGCUGGACUGAAACUCCUCAUAUAAGGAAAUGGUUAAGACAACAUGGUCUGGAUACGUCUGGAGCUUAUCAGUACUUUGUCUUGCGAGCGCAGAAAAUAGCUUUAUCCCAUGGAUAUGAAAUAAUUAACUGGGAAGAGACCUUCAAUGACUUUGGAAGUAAAUUAAGCCGAAAGACUGUGGUGCACAACUGGCUUGGGGGUGGUGUUGCUGAGAAAGUGGUUGCUGCUGGGCUAAGAUGCAUUGUAAGCAACCAGGACAAGUGGUAUUUGGAUCACUUGGAUGCCCCAUGGGAGGGGUUUUAUAUGAAUGAACCACUCACAAAUAUCACAAAUCACCAGCAACAAAAGUUAAUUCUUGGGGGUGAGGUAUGCAUGUGGGGCGAACACAUUGAUGCCUCAGAUAUUGAACAAACCAUAUGGCCACGUGCUGCCGCAGCUGCAGAGCGACUGUGGAGUGCUUAUGACAAUCUAGCUAAGGAUCCAAGCCAAGUUUUUGGGAGGUUGGCACACUUCAGGUGUUUGCUGAAUCAAAGAGGAGUUGCUGCUGCUCCAUUGGUUGGACCUGGUAGAGUUGCUCCUGAAGAGCCAGGCUCUUGCUAUAAGCAGUAGCAAAAAUGAAUCAUGAAAUAAUGGACUCUCCUCCUAUAAAAAAUAAUGGACUCUCUUGAUAAAAUCAGGCUGGUGCACUGAAUUUGAAUAACAACUAUAAUCUGUUGAAUAACCAAUUGGCCAUGUCGUUUGCCAUGUAAACAACCCAAGUUUAGAGUUUAUUUAAUAAAGCAAAUGGUUGGUUUCUCUUAAA